AUGCAACGAAGAGCCCGUUCACGUGCUGCAGGGCAAGUCCCUGUGGCACCCUUGCCUACACAACCCCUCCGUUUAAGGCAAACGCAGUCUCGAGCUGCUGCGUUGACCAACGGCGCAAGAGAAUUUCGUAAACUCUUCGAUGAUUCAGAUGGUCCUGUCGAGGACAACAACACCCAUGCACAGGACACAGCAAUAUCCUACAGCGAAGAUCUACUGAACGCCUUCAAGCGCAAGACGCAAGAAUUGUGCGACGAGACGCGAGAGCAGUAUGAGCAGAAGCUUGAACGGCAAGAGGCUCAGCACGAGCGGCAGGUGCAAGUUCUUCAGCGUCAACUCCGAGAUGUGGUCGGCUCGAGCGUCUCACUCGCGGAGCAUGAGCAGAUUCUUGCAACGGCAGUGAAGGAGCAGCAGCUUCAGCUUGAGGAGGCUCGUAGACGUCAUCAAUUCGAGACGCAUGAGUUUAGACAGAAGUGGCAGGCGAAAAUGACAGCAGCGAGGAAGCAAGGGGAGCAAGAGAAAGCGGAACUCAUGCAACGGAUCGAGCAGCUCGAACUACUGAAGAGCGAGGCUGCAGUUGAAAUGAAAGAGCGCGAGCUGUCGGAGCUGCGGUGGAGCGAGAAGCUCGAGACUGUAGGCCGAGCGAAAGAAAUAGUAGAACAACGCCAAGUUGAUGCGACGAAGCGGCUAGAAAAUGCUUGUCGGAUUAUUUCUACUCUAAAGACCCGCCUGCGCAACCAUGAACGGGUGACACGCGACUUGGAAUCGCAGCGAGACAAAUUAGCCGAGGAGGUGAUGAAUUGCAAGGUGGCGUACGCUGAGCUCAAGGGCAACAUGGACACUCGAGUUGCCAGAUUAGAGAAGGAGCUAGACCACGCACUGCAGGCGGCAGCCAACGAAAAAGCCAAUGAAUGCACAUUGCAGAACGAAGUUGAAAGGCUUCGCGAGCAAGUGCAGCGCCAGCAGUGCAGUGAAUCGGCCAAGGAAGCCGAGCACAAGCAGCUUCAGACGGAGGUCGAGGCGCUGCGCAACGUGGUGCAGGCGAAGAAGAAGUCGGUCAUAGAGGCCACUGAGCGUCUAAAUGAAAUGCAACAGCGUGACGCCGAGGCGCAGCUUCAACAUCAGGACCUGCGAACACGUCUGGAGUUGCAUCAGGCGAGAGAGGCUUCAUUGAAGCGCAAGGUACAGCGUCUAAAGGAACGCGUCGGGCAAUUUAAGGCCGUCGUGGAGAAGUUGAUCGCUGAGAACAAGCAGCUCGGCGAAGAGGCGAGCAACCGCGACGCGUCCACUGAGGCUUGGGCCAAGAAGCUCUUCGGGCGACAAUUAUAG